AUUUUGUAAAAUCAAAAUGAAAAUAAUUCCAAUUUCAUUUGUAACAAAAACUCUCGGUAAAAUCGUGAUUUUCGGCGCAUAUUUUCACUGUUCUCCGUUGCGGUUAUUGAAUCGUCGUCACCAACCCUAUAUUCCGGCAGUCUGCAAUUUCAAUUUCAAGCCCUAAAUCAGUUCUAUUGCACAAUUUUGGGAAGCUGUAUAUAUGUAUUUGAGUGAAGAAUAUGAGGUUCUUUAAGAGAAUCGCUGGUUUGUUGGGGUUAGGGAAAGACGAAGAUCAGCACCACCGCGACGGCGACGCUUCUGCUGAGGCAGCCGCUCCGCCUCCGUUCUCUGCCCAAUCCGCCGCGGCAGCUACUGCUUCAGCUCAGCAUCUCCCACGCAGAGGCUUCAGUGUUCCCGUUCAGGUCCCCGUCGAGCGGGGCCCACCCGCUCCGCUUCUCUUAUUUUGCCCCUCCGGAGAUGGUGGAGUUCAGGGCUUGAGGUGGUAUGCUAGGCGCCUUAAAAUGGAUGAAGAUGGAGAUGUUGCCGAUGAGUUCCUUGAUGAAGUGUCACCAGAUACGUUAAGAAGUGUGGGAGCACAUAAGAGCCCUGCACCAAGGUUUGAAGUAAAGAACAGCACAAAACCUGUCAAAGUGAGGAAUCUGGAAUUGCUACCUAACGGUAAAAUUCAACAUCUCGUGGAGCACCAUGGCAAGCUGGAGUGGCUAAGAGAUAAGGACUGAUGUGUGUCACAAUUCUUCUUCAAUACUGUUGUUCUCAUUAUAAUCCGUCGAUUGAGGAACGUGCAAAAGGCAAUGGUCGACUGCGAUGCAACUGUUUAACAUCACAAGUUCUUUUGCACAAUGCCAAAUUGUAAUCUUGAAACCUUUGAGUUAUCAUUGUAUACAGGUUAUUAAGAGUUGAGAUCAUGUUAUGCGACUCUGAUCUCAUUUCUUUUGUCU